AGAUUUAGCUGGCUGCUGAAUUUUCGUUCAUAAUGUAUAAUUAUUUUCGAAGAUAGUCUUACAAGACGGCACUAACAAUCUUUAAAUUACUGAUAAUCAUUUGAUUGCAUAAUCAAGAAAUUUUAAAGCAAUUGUUUGAACAUAUCCUAUCUUCACCCUUCUCCAUAAAUAACCCCUUUUCGCAACCUAUCUCUCAUCAAACACUUCUUCUUUCUCUCCUCCAAAUUGUCUCCGAUCACUCUCAUCAAGAAGUGAAACACUAAAAUUCAAAUUAAAGGAUGGCGGUAAAGAGAUCUUCGAAGCUAACACAAACAGCAAUGAUAAAGCAAAUCCUCAAGAGAUGCUCGAGCUUAGGCAAGAAACAAUGCUACGACGAGGAAGGUCUCCCUCUUGACGUACCAAAGGGACACUUUCCGGUUUACGUAGGGGAAAAGCGUACGAGGUACAUCGUACCAAUCACCUUCUUGUCUCAUCCCGAAUUUCUGAUCCUUCUUCAACAAGCAGAGGAAGAGUUUGGUUUCCACCACGACAUGGGAGGGCUCACUAUCCCUUGUGAAGAAGUCGUUUUUCUCUCUCUAACAUCCAUGAUCCAAUGAGAGUUUGAGAGAGUUUACAUCAUGAUGAUCAAGACUAAGAUUCUUUUCUUUUUGCCCUUUGGAUAAUCAUUUGUUAUCCAAAUGGUUUUUUUUUAUGGACUAAUUAAAACCCGUAAGAUCCACCUAAAAUAUCAUUCUCUACACGGAUCAUGUAAAUUUCGGGUUUUAAUUAGUUCGUUAAUUCCCCCUAAGUGGGGUUAGUAUUCGAUGGAACAUUUAUGUUUUUUUUUUUCAUUGAGCUGAUAAGUGGUGGCUUGCCGGUAGUAGAUGAUUAUUGCAAGUUUGAGUAUUGGCCAAAUUUUCUAGGUAAUUUUGAUCGUUCGAGUUCUUUAAAACUAAGAAAUGUUCAAUCUUUGUAUGAGUCUUUUUAUUGUUUUCUUUUCACGGAUGUAAGUACGUUUUGAGUUGUGUGCGAGUGAUGUAUAAAUUAAAGCUUACAUCAUGUUCUUUUUUAAAAAUUAGUUAUAGCAUCUGA